AUGAGUGCUGUUAAUAAGAAGUUCUUUGAGGACUUUACUUCAAUCCCUAUUCGAGAUCAAUCACUUCCUAACCAUUUUGAUGCAGGUGAAGUGAUCCACAUAGCACUCAAUUUCACUGGUACACGAUUAGCUUAUUCUCGUUCAGAUGGAUCUGUCAGAAUAUGGUCGAUGAUGAACGAAGGUGGCAGAGAAAGUGUAGUGAUUGAAUCCCCCCACACCAAGCCUGUAGAGCUGUUGUGCUUUAAUCCACAAGAAGAGUUUGUGUUUCUCACCGUGGCCAGAGAUGAAUAUAUAAGGGUUUGGAGGACAAAUGGCGUUUUACAACGUGAGGUACAAGUCAAAUCACCUGUCAAUAAGUCAGGGAAAGGUAGUGACAAAGCUAAUGUAAUUUUACAACAUGUUGGCUAUUCCAGUGAUGGACAAAUUGUAGUCGUUGCCGACAGAGAAGGUUGGAUAUAUGGCUUUGAUGCACUGUUUGCACCCAUAUUUUCGGUUGACGUUGGUGAAUAUGUUUAUUCCAUUAUGUGGUUUCAUUUUGAGCACAAGUAUUUUGCUUGUGGAUUACAGGAUGGAUCUAUUCCAAUAUUUGAACUUGUUGAGAAAAGCUCAGAACAUCAACUACUUUAUGAAAUAAGAAAAUUGACAACUUUAAGAGGUCACCGGUCAUCGGUAACUUGUUUGGCCAUUGAUCCCCGAGGAAUCUAUUUUGCAGCUGGAUCAAAUGAAGGUGUAGUACUGAUAUGGAAGAAUGAAACAAUGCUCGUUACAAGAGUGAUAAGCGAUAUUGAUGAAGCAGUUACUGAUUUAGAUAUUUCACGAGAUGGAACGUAUGUAGCAGUUUCAUUUGAUAGAACCGCUUCUGGCAAGAUUUAUGAUAUUUCUUUGGGUGAUAAGAUUUAUGAUAUUCCUAAUAGUCUGAGUGGGUCACAAGUAACCCCCCAAAUAAGGUGGUUUCCUCAAAAGACAACAUUUGUAUAUGUGGGUGAUAAGGGUCGGAAUGUGGUGCUUAUGAAACGUCCGGAAGAGGGUUUAAGAAAACGUGCUGAUGAUAAAAUGGGCAGGCUUGGAGAUGGGGAUGGUGUUAAAGGCAGAGAUAUUAGAGAUAGUAGAACUAACAAGGAUCAUAGAGAAAACAGAGAUAAGAGAAUCACCAGAGAGAGCAGAGAGAGUAGAGAGAGUAGAGAUAACAGGGACAGAGACAUUAGGCACAGAGAUAAAGAUACCCAGAAGAGAAGACUGCAUCAUCAACGGUAUUAA